AUGGCCCACCCACUUGACGACUAUGGGAAACCCGCAGCACCUAAUAUUCAGCUGCGUCAGAACUGGUAUGUAUAUGAGUGGCACACCGCUACUAAUCAGCAAACCGUGAUCGAUAUAUACUUUGAGGAGAUUAUGCAGCACAGGCAACUUUCUUUUCUGGGAAUCUCGGCAUUCCCAUUCAUCUUGCUAGCUUUUACCAAGUCUGCACGAUAA